AUAAAUUUUUUUGGAUUCUGAUCCCUGGCUUUCAUUUUUGCAAGUUACAUGAGUAUAAAAUGUUCGUUUGCACCCGAACUUGCCUCUUCCUUACUUKCUUUAAAGAGUGAAUAAAAUUACGUAUGACUAUUAAAUAUUUUAUUUCUGUCCAGGAAUCAAGUACAGAUGAAUAUGAAUGCGUAUAACAACUAUAAUCAAUACAAUAAUAAUUAUAACACUGUUUCUUCAAAUAUGUGGAGCAAUCGAACAGGUUCGCGUCGAAACUCCUUAAAGUCGUACUCUGCACCACCACCACCGCCUAUGCCGCCCGUAAAUAUGGUAUACCGCAAUGACCAGAUUCAGGCCCGUACAAUGCAGCAGAACCCGAACCAAUUAAAUCGUAUAAACCAAAACUAUCAACAACGGUCUUCGUUUGUACCUUCAGAUCCAAUAAGAGAAUUAAAGGACAUUGUGCGUCGUUCUAAUGAUGGGGAUAGUCCUGAAGAACCUCCGUUUAAUUUUAAGGCAAUGCUACGUAAAACGAAUUAUUCUCGUUCCGAUUCUACUGUUUAUGAAUUUAAUAAUCAGAUGUCCAAUAAUAAUAACGAAAAUAUAAGCUUUCAACCAUCUAAACUCCGCUCUACUAGUCGCCGUCCCGAUGAUUAUAAUAAUCACAAGUUGAAUUCAAAUGAUCAGCAUAAUUUUGAAAACCGAGCACCAUCUCUACAGCUGACGGCUGUAGGAAGAAGUUUCGAUAACACAGAUGCCAAGUCGUUUGAGGAAGCUGGUUCAUAUGUUGAGGAGGAGAUUGCACCAGGUGUUACAUUAUCUGGAUACGCCGUUGAUAUUUAAUACCUUCUUUUAGAAGUUUUUCUAGUGUAUAUAACGUAAUUUCCUGCAAUAUUGUGGUAGCCAAGAAAGUCCUCGUCUUACCAAUAAAAAUAUAACAUGAACAAAAACC